GGCUGGCGGACGCCGCAGCGAACUGGUGGGCAGACCCGGAGUCGCCGCGUAAGCGGGGCCGGCUCAGUGCGGUGCGGCAGGCGCGGCUGUGCGGCAGCGGAAGUCCUUUGUUGCAGCACAGUCCCUGGCAGAGCCAGAGCCUCUCCGCGCAGCCCAACCCGAACGCCGCGCGCCGCCGCCACUGCAGCUCGCGGCCCCUUCGCCUCCGCCCGCCUUUCCCGUGGCUGAUUUGCCUUAAACUCCCUAAAACCUCCGCAGCCCCGGUUCCUGCUGCGGCCGGUCUCUAAAUAAUAGAAGAUGGCAAAGCCCAGCCACAGCAGCUACGUCCUCCAGCAGCUGAACAACCAGAGGGAGUGGGGUUUUCUCUGUGACUGUUGCAUUGCCAUCGACGACAUUUACUUUCAAGCGCACAAAGCCGUUCUGGCUGCCUGUAGCUCCUACUUUAGAAUGUUUUUCAUGAACCACCAGCACAGCACCGCACAGCUGAAUCUCAGCAACAUGAAAAUCAGUGCCGAGUGUUUUGAUCUCAUUUUGCAGUUUAUGUACUUAGGAAAGAUUAUGACUGCACCCUCCAGUUUUGAGCAGUUUAAAGUGGCGAUGAACUACCUGCAGCUGUACAACGUUCCCGACUGCUUAGAAGACAUUCAGGAUGCAGACUGUUCUAGUUCAAAAUGUUCAUCUUCUGCUUCCAGCAAACAGAACAGCAAAAUGAUAUUUGGGGUAAGAAUGUAUGAAGACACAGUGGCUAGAAAUGGCAGUGAAGCCAACAGGUGGUGUGCAGAGCCAAGUUCAACAGUAAAUACACCACACAAUAGAGAGCCUGAUGAAGAGUCUUUACAGUUAGGCAAUUUUCCCGAACCACUAUUUGAUGUAUGUAAAAAAAGUUCUGUGUCCAAAUUAUCAGCUCCGAAAGAACGCGUGUCACGGCGCUUUGGACGGAGUUUUACCUGUGAUAGUUGUGGAUUUGGCUUUAGCUGUGAAAAAUUGUUAGAUGAGCAUGUACUAACCUGUACUAACAGACAUUCGUACCAAAACACAAGAUCCUAUCACAGAAUAGUGGAUAUAAGAGAUGGAAAAGAUGGUACUAUCAAAGCCGAAUUUGGUGAAAAGGAAUCUUCUAAAGCGUUUUCCACACAGACAGACAAAUACAGAGGAGACACCAGCCAGGCUGCUGAUGAUUCGACUUCAACCACCGGAAGCCGAAAAAGUAGCACAGUGGAGUCUGAACUAGCCAACGAGGAAAAAAGCAGAGCUGCUGAGAGGAAAAGAAUCAUUAUCAAGAUGGAGCCGGAAGAUAUUCCCACAGAUGAACUGAAAGACUUUAACAUUAUUAAAGUGACUGAUAAAGACUGUAAUGAGUCCACUGACAACGACGAAUUAGAAGAUGAACCUGAAGAGCCAUUUUAUAGAUACUAUGUGGAAGAAGAUAUCGGUAUUAAGAAAAGUGGUAGGAAAACUCUAAAACCUCGAAUGUCGAUAAAUGCUGAUGAAAGGGGUGGUUUAGAAAAUAUAAGGCCCCCUAACAAUAGCAGUCCAGUACAGGAGGAUCCCGAAAAUGCAUCCUGUGAGCUCUGCGGACUCACAAUAACGGAGGAGGACCUGUCCUCUCAUUACUUAGCCAAACACAUCGAAAAUAUCUGUGCAUGUGGGAAAUGUGGACAGAUCCUCGUUAAGGGGAGGCAGCUUCAGGAACAUGCUCAAAGAUGUGGGGAACCCCAGGAUCUGACAAUGAACGGGUUAGGAAAUACGGAGGAGAAGAUGGACAUGGAAGAGAAUCCUGAUGAGCAGUCAGAAAUAAGAGAUAUGUUUGUGGAAAUGUUGGAUGAUUUUAGGGACAAUCAUUUCCAGAUAAACAGUAUCCAAAAAAAGCAGUUAUUUAAACAUUCUGCCUGUCCUUUUCGAUGUCCUAAUUGUGGCCAGCGUUUUGAAACUGAAAAUCUAGUGGUUGAACAUAUGUCUAGCUGCCUAGACCAGGAUGUGUUUAAGAGUGCCAUCAUGGAAGAAAAUGAAAGAGAUCACAGACGAAAGCAUUUUUGUAAUCUCUGUGGAAAAGGAUUUUAUCAGCGGUGUCACUUAAGAGAACACUAUACUGUUCAUACUAAGGAAAAACAGUUUGUUUGUCAGACAUGUGGAAAGCAGUUUUUAAGAGAACGUCAGUUGCGACUGCACAAUGAUAUGCACAAAGGCAUGGCCAGGUAUGUCUGUUCCAUUUGUGAUCAAGGCAACUUCAGAAAACAUGACCAUGUACGGCAUAUGAUUUCUCAUUUAUCUGCUGGUGAGACUAUAUGCCAGGUCUGCUUUCAGAUAUUCCCAAAUAAUGAACAGUUGGAACAGCACAUGGAUGUUCAUCUGUAUACAUGUGGAAUAUGUGGAGCAAAGUUUAAUUUGAGGAAAGAUAUGAGAUCACAUUAUAAUGCCAAGCAUUUGAAAAGAACAUAAGUGAUCUUCUACUGUACUAAUGUUUAGUUGAUAGCAGACAAAACACCAAAGCAAAGGAUAUGAGCUAUUUAGAAAUUGAUCUUAUAAGAUGAAUUGUUGGGAAAAAAUUUCAAGGCCCUUUUACCUUUAAUAUUUUUGUUUAGGAUCUUAAGUAUCUACAUUUUAGGUGUUAUUAAAUGUUUAUCAUUUUUGUUAUUUCUUAAUAGAAUUCUUUGAUUUUAGUUUGUUUUAGCUAUGAUUAAAAUUACUUUUCAAUGUAGACUACAAGUGGUUGUUACCUCUUCAAUGACUAUUAAACUUUAGUUUUUUUAAUCAUAAGGUGAUGACUUUACUAUUUCUAUGUGGGUUUUUUUUUUUUUUAAGGUUAUCCUGUGAAAUUUUAAAUCCAACGUCAUUGGCCAUUCAUGUUUAUUUAAAAAACUUUUUUUAAGUAAUUAGUUCUUUGAAACUAUCUCAUCUACUUUUAGCUUCUUUUUUUUUGUAAGUUGAACAGUGAUUUAGCCACUGUUUAUUCCCCCCUUCUUAUCAAUGAAAUUCAUAUUCUUAAAUUGACAUGCUUAUUAGGCAGGUUAGGUGCAUUGACUCUAAACUUGAAGGUUGACAUGGGCUCAAACUUGGCCUAAAAACAUUGAUGGACCUGAGGAAAUUCCUAUAAAUGAAUAUUUCCUAUAAUUGAUAAAAUAUUAUCAUUUAAUAAUCACAUUUAAAACUUAUAUUAAGUGUAAAACCCAAUGACUUUACCUCACUUGAGAAAUUAGUGGGGACAAGUCAUUUUGUUUUGUGAUAUGAAAUUUAACUAUGAUAGUUAAUUAAAAAGACAUAUCUUGUAUUCAUUUAAAAUAAUUUAAGAUAUUCUGAUUUCUAAAGUGUGUUAGUUUAUCAAUUAUUUUUGUUUAUAAAUAGACUUUAAUAGCUCUCUAGGAAUAUGACAUCUAAAGGAAAAUGAUUUUUCACCUUUAAAAUUACAUACUUUUGGAACUUACUUUGAGAUUUGAGAAAGCUGCCAUGUAUAUUGAUAAAUCAAAUAAAAUAAAGAAAUCAAUUACAAAUCUGGUUGUUCUAUAAAAGUAGACUGUGGAAAAAAAUGUCUUGUGUUUUAUACUAAAAUUUGGAGGAAAUGUGUUGUGGCAAAUUGCAGUUUUAUCACCAUGCUCCUUUUUUUUUUUUCUGUAAAGGACUACAAAAUUUGAGCACUAUAAAAUAAUCACAGAGCAUAUAAGUGGAAAUAGUUUAUCACUUUUUCAAGUAGUAUUGUUAGGUGUUGCUGACACAGGGUCUAUAUGAAUUACAUGUGAAUUAAAACACUGGCAAAACUGACCCCACCAAUAAACACAUCUAUUGAAUAGAAUGCCUUUUAAUGUGA